AUAACAACCAUAUGCUUUGUCGAAAAUGGCUACAGUUUAGACUUUUUGGUCGAGUUUGUCUUCAUGGGAAACAUAAUACUGGAAACAUGAAAGAAUUGUUUAUAAUCUCAUCCAUUUACGUAUUUUUAGUUGUGUUUGAUGGGACUCAGGCGAUAAGAGAGGAUAACAAAUGGAGUAAAGUCUGGCGUCAAGAACAAAAUACUGCAACUGUAAAGUGGAAAAGAAAUAUAGCGCACAAAGCAAAACAUCUCAACAGGCUCAAGGUGGAAGCGUCAAAUAAUAAGAACGAUUCUUCACAAAAGAAAAGACAAUUUGUGCCCGGAGUGCCCAAUUUGUGUCCAGGAUGCUUAAACUUUCCACAUCCUCAUAUCCACAGAAUUAUAGUUCAUCACCAUCCAGCUCAUUCCACGUGUGAACCAACACCUUGUCAAAAUGGAGGGACAUGCACUGUGGUGUCUCAUGGAUACGAAUGCACCUGUUCGCCAGGAUUUAUGGGAACACAUUGUGAACUCAGGAGUCAAUGUGAGCCAAGUCCCUGCAAGAAUGGGGGCACUUGCUAUGACGUUGGACAAGGUUACGAGUGCACAUGCGCAAAAGGAUUCCGAGGAGAGAACUGUGAGGAGCAGAACAAGUGUCAUCCAAAUCCUUGCAGAAAUGGAGGCACUUGCACGGGGAUAAAUGAGGGCGAAGGAUUCGAGUGUACGUGCAGAGAAGGUUUCAAGGGAAAAAACUGCGAAGAGAUCAACCUGUGUCUUCCUAAUCCCUGUAAGAACGGCGCAACAUGUACAGAAAGAACUGGAGGAAGAUACGAAUGUACUUGUCCCAUUGGCUACAAAGGGGUAACUUGUGAAGAGAGAAGCAUUUGUUUUUCUAAUCCUUGUAUGAACGGCGGAACCUGUCUUGAUGAGACGUAUGGAUACAGAUGCAAUUGUAGAGUCGGUUACAGUGGAAUGAACUGUCAACACCAUGUUUGCAGACCGAAUCCCUGUCACAAUGGUGGAUCCUGUCUUGAAGAGGGCUCUUCUUUCCGGUGUGUGUGUCAAGUUGGUAACCACGGGGAAAGGUGUGAAUUAAUGAGUGCCUGUUUAUCUCAUCCUUGUUUACAUGGGGGAACUUGUGUGGACACCUAUUUUCUACACAACAACGGCAUAGAAUCACUAAGCAUGUACUCUAAUCCUUCAUUUAUUGACACUGAGCAGAACGGGAUGUCUUACAUUUGCAAGUGCAUGUCGCCUUACGCAGGCCACAACUGUGAAGAUGACAGCUGUCGAUAUUGCAGUGCCUAUGCUGAAUGCAUUUUGGGACAUUGCGUUUGUAAAGAGGGUUUCCAUGGAGAUGGAAAGACGUGCAAAAAAAAUGUAUGCCAUCCUAACCCCUGCAAAAAUAGUGGAACCUGUGUUCCAACGGACUCGUCUUAUGACUGCGAAUGCGCACUAGGAUGGACCGGGCCACACUGUGAAACUCGACAAUACUGCAUUCCUAAUCCGUGCAAGAAUGGAGGAACCUGCUUUCCAGAAGAAAAUGGAUACAGAUGCACCUGUCUGAGCAAUUUUGAAGGAAACGAUUGUGAAAAAGCAAAUCCUUGUUCACCAAAUCCUUGCAAAAACUCCGGCACAUGCAAAGAAAUGAAUGGAGUGGCAACCUGUGAAUGUUCUGCCCAGUUCGAAGGCAACUUCUGUGAAAUUGAUAAAUGUGCCAAAUGUGACUCGCACGCUCGGUGUGACAACGGAAACUGUGUGUGUAUGGAGGGUUGGGUCGGUGAUGGCCAGACCUGCUCGCCUAAAGAAGGAGGAGGACCACCUGGGUCUCGUGCCAGUCCUUGUGAGUCCAAUCCUUGUCAAAACGGUGGCCAGUGCAUAGACAGAGGAUCGUCCUAUCAGUGUCUCUGUAGUGAAGGCUUUUCAGGUGACAACUGUGAAUUAUCAGUAGGUCGCGAAAACCCCUGCGAGCCCAAUCCAUGCCAAAAUGGAGGUCAGUGUAGAGUAGUAGAAGACAAACCUGUGUGCAUUUGCCCGGAAGGAUUCGAAGGAGAAUUCUGUGAGAAGCCAAAAGGUGGUGGUACAGGGGUACCGGGAGUUCCUGGUGGUGGUGGUGGUGUAAAGUCUCCAUGUCAUCCCAACCCAUGCAUGAAUGGAGGAACAUGCACAGAGAACGGAGGUGGUUACGAUUGUACUUGUCUCACACAAUACAGCGGACCUAACUGUGAAAUUGAUGAAUGUGAAAAGUGUGACGUCCACGCGAUCUGUGUAAAUGGACAUUGUCGAUGUAAACAUGGAUAUUAUGGCAACGGCUACCAAUGUGAAAAAGGAGAUGAAGAAUCUGAAUGCGAGGGCUGCAGUCCAUUUGCUCAAUGCCAGAAUGGGAUUUGUGUUUGCAUUGAGCAUUACAAUGGAGAUGGAUAUAAUUGCACACCUGUGAACCCAUCAUGUCAAAAUUGUAAUCCUCCUAACACGUGCAUGCAAGGGGUUUGCUUACCUACACUAGGAAAAAAGUCAGUGGUUAAGAAACCAAAGCAAAAACGAUUCAACUUGAGCGAUGCAACUAAAAACGUUUCUUAACUAAGUAUACACCUGAAAUAAAAUAACUUUUUGCGAUUGUUUGUCACCCAUUCUUACAUUUCGCAUAGUUGUUAGUUUUGUACGUUUCGGGGAAGAUGGAACUAGUUUAAAACGAUAUUUUACAUAUAGAUGCAAUGAUUGAAUACAGUUUUUGUGUGAUAAUUCAGUAAUAAUACCACAUAAUCGCAUAUGGUCGACGAAGAGACCCUAAAUUUUCACGUGUUUCAGAUUCCAAAACAUUGAAACGCAUCAUUUCGUUUGACGAACUGAAGCUAAAACACUUGCUGCUGUACAGUCCAUCUUGCUGGUCGUGAACAUCAGAGUAAAUAAAAUAACUGUUUCAGCGAUCAUAGCUUCAA